UUCUCUCUCUCUCUCUCUCCACCUCACCAACAAACCCUCAGAAAAAGCUCUUACCAACAUUUUAGGAGGAACUGACAGUUUCCCAGAUGCUCCUUUGUUCAAAAGAGAAGAGAAAUUGGUGGAAGACACCCAAAGUCCACUCCCUUUCUCCUUUCUAGGGACGGCCAGUGGUGUACUUUGAUGAUCCAUUAAAACCAGCCCUAAAGCCAAGAAAAGCAACCAAGAAAAAGUAAGAAAAGACCUAUAGAGAGAGAGAGAGAGUUCCACCCCCGCCCCCACCCCACCCCCCAAAGUCUUCCUACUAUACUUUCUGUUUUGCUGCCGCUCUCUUUUCUCUUGGCUUUCUCAAUCAUUACUCCUUUUAGUACUUGUAAUAUUUCCAUUUCUUGUACUGAAGAGAAGUGAAGGGUUCUUCUGAACUGCAUAGGGAGAAAUGGAUCCAGUGUCAGCAUCAUCCCACGGCCACUCUCUCCCCCCUCCUUUCCAUAUGAGCGACUUCAAUCUCCAGCACCACCAGCGCCACCAGUUCCACCAGAAUUCCGAGGACGAGCACAGCGGCACCAGUGGUGGCGGCAGCGGCCUGAACAUGGGGAGGCAGCAGAAGCGGGAUCGCGACGAAAACGAGGACAAGAUGAACGGGAGCGGCGGAGGGGGGAGCGAAGGCAACGACGGAUCCGGCGGGCCGGGAUCGGAGGGCGGAGGGGAGAUGACGAGGAGGCCCAGAGGGAGGCCCGCCGGAUCCAAGAACAAGCCCAAGCCGCCGAUCAUCAUCACCCGGGACAGCGCCAACGCGCUGCGGACCCACGUGAUGGAGAUCGCGGACGGGUGCGACAUCUCCGACAGCAUCGCCACGUUUGCGCGGCGGCGCCAGAGGGGGGUCUGCAUUCUGAGCGGGACCGGCACGGUGACCAACGUCACCCUCCGGCAACCGGCCUCGCCAGGGGCAGUCGUGACAUUACACGGGAGGUUCGAGAUCUUGUCCCUGGCGGGGUCAGUUCUUCCACCGCCUGCACCACCUGCUGCCACCGGCCUAACUAUAUAUCUGGCCGGUGGACAAGGGCAGGUAGUCGGCGGUGGGGUUGUGGGGGCGCUUGUUGCGUCAGGGCCUGUUGUGAUUAUGGCUGCGUCGUUCAGUAACGCCGCCUAUGAGAGGCUUCCUCUGGAAGAGGAAGACGGUGGGCUUCAAAUGCCAGGUGGUGGUGGUGGUCUUGGAUCUCCGCCAGGGGUUGGGCAGCACAAUCAGCCGCCACCGCCGCAACAAUUACUCGCUGACCCAUCACUUUACCACGGGAUGCCGCCCAAUCUUCUAAAUUCCAUUCAAAUGCCACCCGAGGCUUAUUGGGCCACUGGUCGUCCUCCAUUCUAAUAACACAAACUUGCACAGAAAAGUACCCAGCAAAAACCAAUGGACAAUAUCCAGAUUCAAGUCAAAUGCAAAUUAAGAGACGACAUUCACAGUGAAUCUGGAUAUUACACGUUGAUUUUUCUGCGCACUUUUCCCGUAUAGUUUUCGGUUAUGCAGAAUUGCGCGGCGAUGUUAAUUCCCUUCAAGUUUAGCUCACCGGGAUCUUAGCAAGGAGGUAAUUUUUAGGUAGAGUAAUAUGGGUUCAAUAUUGAGCAUUUCAGGUUAAUUUCUUUCCUAGUUUCCUUUCCUUUUUCGUUUUGUUGUUGAAUUUUUGUUUGACUAUUUUGUUCUGGAGCUUUUAUGGCUAGAUGAUAAUGGCUAUCAAGUACUUUGUAAAUUCUUGGUUUUAAUUUUAUGGCGAGUUCUAAUUUCCUUAUGAGGUA